UCCACUCCCCUUUAAGGCAGCCGGAGACUGUUGUGUCGGGGACGGUGUGACUCUGCCCCGCGGCCCGCUGCUCUGCUCCGGUCCGGCUAACGUUAGCUGCCCGACCGAUUUCACGGACAACGAUGUCUUGUCUCCGGGGCCCGGUAACGUCGAACGGAAACACCGGAUGGUAGAACCCGAAGAAAACACAACAGCCGUCAAUGCAGAGAAAGAGGAUCCAUGGCAAAGUGGCUGAAGGACUACCUAAACUUUGGCAGCAGGCGUGACCCUCCACAGCCCCCGAGGCCAGAUUACACUGAGAGUGAGAUCUUGAGGGCUUACCGAGCUCAGAAAGAACUCGAUUUCGAGGACCCAUACCAGCAUUCGGAUAAGGAGCAGCAGAAUGGCGGUUUCAGCUCCUGCAGUGCCACGAUGAGCCUUCCCUCUUUCCCUGCGUUUGGUUCAGUGCUGCCUAAUGGUGUGGAGGUGAAAGUGGUUUCUCCUAAACACAGACUCAUUAAAGUGGACUCUCAGGAGUUUGGUCGCUGUAAAAUCCCCUUGAGUCCUGUGACAGUUCAAGAAGAACCAGUGGUUCCCUCUGCCCCAGCAGCUUCGGACACUGACACUGACUACUCGGACCCAUUUGAUGCCCGUCCAGACCCAAGAGUGAGACCAACCUGGGAGCCCAAACCUGCACCCACAGACUGCUGCAGCUACAUGGAGCCGUUCGAGGCCCAGCGGAUCAUCUCAGAACUUCAGCACAGCGGAAUGAGUAACAGAUCUGGAGGUGGAGAUCCUGGUCAGUUGUAUGAUAACCCAUACGAGGAGAGGACUCGUCACCACCACCGCGCUGCUCCACCAGCACAGCAGCAAACUCAGAAAGUUGAGGGCGGACUGGGCCUGAUAGACAGCAGGGAGAGCAGGCUCCCACAGGAUGAUGAGAGGCCGGCUGAUGAAUAUGACCAGCCCUGGGAAUGGAAGAAGGACAACAUCUCUAAAGCUCUAGCAGUUCAGUUUGAAGGGGCAGAAAGGGAGCGAUCGCAAACCAGGCUCACAAAGACGGGAACCACCUCAACCACAGCCGAGUCAACUACGCUCCGUUUGGCUGGUGACACCCCUCCUCUCCUGGGAGAGAGAGUGGAUCCGUUUCUGCCUCUGGAGAGACAAGUAUGGUACCACGGAGCCCUGAGCCGCUCGGAGGCAGAAACUCUGCUGACUCUGUGCAAAGAGAGCUCCUACCUGGUGAGGAACAGCCAGACCUGCCGCAACGACUACUCGCUCUCACUCAGGAGCUGCAAAGGCUUCAUGCACAUGAAGUUCACUCAGUCUGGAGACGGGCGUUAUGUGCUGGGUGAGAACAGCCCUCCCUUCUCCACCAUCCCCGAGGUCAUCCACCACUACACGACACACAAACUGCCAAUCCGCGGCGCAGAACACAUGUCCCUACUGUAUCCUGUCAUCGUUCAGACGCUCUGACGGCGACAAACACAAACUCUUUCUCCCGGUGCUACUGAACACAAUGUAUACUCAAUAUUUAACCAUGUCUACCCUCUAUUCCCACAUGCCUUUUUCUCUGCCACUCUACCAGUGCAAGAGAUUGGACUGUUUGGUGCCAUUGUUUCCUUUAUCCCCCCCACAAACCCAGUAACUACACUGCCGGUUUAAUGACAGAGCUCAGUGCCUCAUGAACCUUCGCCUGUGAACUGGGUUCAUCACUAAGGUUCCUGUACUUGAAUACCACCAACUCCUGAAAACCAGCGAUCAUCUAUUAAGUUUGGUAGCAGCAAACUUUUAGUUAAAAGAGGAAAAAUACAAACUUCAGUCUUGAGGUGUCUGAAGAUGGUAGAAGUUUAAGAACUGCCGGGUGUCUGAAAGGGCAACACUGGUGUUUUCCUUUGGUUUAAGCAUGUGCCAAUAAUCCAAGUUGAUUAUUCAUCCAAUACAAUACAGCAGUUAUUCACAUGUGAAUUUCUUGUUAUAAAGCGACACAAAAAUCCAACAGUUAGACAUAGACGGUAGAAAAUGCAGUAAAAAUGUGCUGUAACUACAAGCAACACUGCUUUUAUCCCUUAAUGUCCUUUACACUACAAACCAAACAUAUGUGACCCUGGCUGCCUGUUAGCUCCGGGUUUCACUGUGUUUCAGACGCCUGAGAUUGUUGAGGAUUCAAUGCUGUGACUGCGAGCUGCAGUUCAUCAGGUUAGCGUCUGAGAAACACAACGCGACAGUUUAAUGUCGAGAAGGACACGGCUUGUUAACUUCGCGCAGUAACAGACUCCUGCAAUACUAGUUUAGAGAGUAAUAACUACAGUAUUAUAUUGAAAGCUUGUGGCUUUGUGAUCAUGAUUAUAAAAGAUGCUUCGGUAGAUUAUUUACUGUGCUUUUAUAAGAUUUUAUGUCUGUUGAAA